AUGUACAUCGUGCGCUCCGAUCGCCAACCUCUGCUUGGGCGAGAAUGGCUUCGGGAGAUCGAUAUAGAUUGGAAAAACAUUACAGAGAACCAAUUGAAAGAACGUACGACAGUCAACGUUUUAUCGAGUGGAAGUGCUGAAGUGAAGCUACAAAACAUAUUAAGAAAGUUUCCGCUGUUAUCAGCAUUAAAUGUAGGUACAAUUACUGGUCACCAAGAAAGGCUUUACUUAAAAGAGAACGCGGUGCCGAAGUUUAUAAGGGCGUGGCGAGUGCCAUUCCCACUAAUGAAAGCAGUGGAGAAUGAAAUAGACAAACAGGUGCGUGAAGGGUUGCUAGUGAAGGUCGAUAAAUCAGAAUGGGCUACGCCGACCGUUGCAGUGCCAAAGAGAGAUGGUACGGUUCGUAUCUGUGGGGAUUAUAAGCUCACGGUCAAUCCAGCACUAAUUGUCGACGAGCACCCCUUACCCACUAUCGACGAGCUUUUCAGUUCAAUGGCGGGUGGAGAAAAAUUUACAAAAAUCGACUUGGCAAAAGCGUACCUACAGCUUGAAAUUCAUCCGGAUAAUCGAGAGCUGUUGACGCUAAGCACACACAAGGGUUUAUUUCAACCGACGCGUAUGAUGUUUGGGAUAGCGAGUGCACCUGCAAAGUGGCAGCGGUUUAUGGAGCAGCUGUUGGGAGAUAUAGCGGGCGUUAAAGUAUUUUUGGACGACAUAAAGAUCACGGCGAGGGACGACGUUACCCAUUUACAAAGAAUUGAAGAAGUGCAUUUAGAAAAGUCUGAAUUUCUUCGCGACAAAAUCGAGUACUGCGGUUACGAAAUCAGCAAAAUGGGAAUACGAAAACAGAAAACGAAAGUGGAAGCCAUCCAAGAUAUGAAACAACCGUCAACUAAGAACGAGCGAAUUAAAGAAAUGAUGCAAACAGACACAGUUUUGACACGUUACGAUCCGCAGCUACCGCCCACAGGCGUUGGAGCCGUGUUUAAGCCACACUUUUCCGGACGGUACAGAAAAGCCAAUUCAGUUUGCCUCGCAAACACUAAACGAUGUCUAACAGUGAUACAGUCAGUCACUGAUAACAAAGCCAUUGCGCAAAUAUUUUCGCCACAUAAGGGCUUACCUACUUUAUCUGCGAUGCGAACGCAACACUAUGCGAUAUUUUUGGAAUCGUUUGAUUACGUCGUCCGGGUAAAAAGCAGUAAAGCAAAUGCAAAUGCUGAUGCCAUGUCACGACUUGCAACGCAAAAGCGCGAUUGUUUUGUAGAAGAAGUAGAUGUGAUAACAGCGCAGUUAAUAGAUAACUUACCAGUUACUGCAGAAGACUUGGGUGCAGCAACAGCUAAAGAACCAGAGGUUAAAAUCCUGGUAGAUUGCCUAAAAUACGGCCGCGAUUGUGAGGCGAAGCAACGAUUUGGAAUUCCACAAUAG